CAAAAUACACACACUCAUUGAAUGAUGUGGAACGUAAGUUUUCGGAAUGUCAAAUAGUUUUGCUGCUUUUUCAUUGUCUGCGCAUUUUUGCAGCGAUUAAUUAGUGAAAAUUUAAUUGUAAACAUUUAAAAUUACCAAAAAAUUAUAUAGAAAAUAUUUAAGAAGGCUGUCGAACAUAAGUAUAAACUAAAAAUUGUUAAUUUGAGGUGUAAAUUAUGCUGUUAUAAGAACAAAAAAUAUGUCUUAAAUCUAGCGCAGGCAGCAACAACGCCUUUGGUGAACGAACAAAAGUAGUUGUUGAGUAGAUAUAUUUAUUAGAAGGAGCCCCCACUGAAACCCAACCCUAAAGCAAAAACAAAACACAUUAAUUGUGCAAAGAACGAAAAUUUAUUGAAAAAUCAUUGAAUUAUCACGGCAAAGUGUUUUUGUAACAUCUUUUGAAUGUCGUGUUUUAAGAAAAAAAAUUAAAAUCGGAUUCCAGAUAAACGUACGAAUCGAUUUUACAAGUAAAAAACAAACGAGUAGUGCUGAAAAAAGCACACACAAAAACAAACAAAUACAUACGAAUCCAAGUUAAAGAUGGAUGCCGAUAAAAACAGUGGAGGAGGUGGAGGUGGCCAAGAGACAAAAGUGAUCUAUCAUAUUGAUGAUGAAACAACCCCAUAUUUGGUGAAGAUUCCGAUACCAUCAGCUCAGGUCACUUUGAGGGACUUUAAAAUGGUGCUCAAUAAACAAAACAACAACUAUAAAUACUUCUUCAAGUCGAUGGACGCCGACUUUGGUGUCGUUAAGGAGGAGAUUGCGGACGAUGCCACAAUAUUGCCAUGCUUCAACGGGAGAGUUGUGUCCUGGUUGGUGUCGGCUGAUGGCACUAACCAGUCGGAUAAUUGUUCCGAUAUGCCAAACAGCGAAUGUGGGGAUAUACGUCAGCCCGUGAGACCAGCUCAGCCACCUCCACCACCUCAGAAAAUGGGGGGAGGUGUUUUAGGUGCUGGAGGUAUGGGUGGACUUAUUGGAGGUGGUGGUGUUAUUACAAAUCCUAUGAUGCAACCUCCACCACCUCUCACAUAUCAGUCGGCGUCAGUAUUGUCGAGUGACUUGGACUCUACAAGUUUAUUUGGAACAGAAUCUGAAGUGACAUUCGAUCGUGACCUAACAGACUAUAGCAGUGUCCAAAGAUUGCAAGUGCGCAAGAAGCCCCAGCGACGUAAAAAACGAGCUCCAAGCAUAUCGCGAACUUCAAGCUAUUCCUCAAUAACCGAUUCAACUAUGUCUCUAAACAUAAUUACGGUAAACAUAAAUAUGGAAGCGGUUAAUUUCUUGGGCAUAUCGAUAGUGGGCCAGUCGAAUCGCGGAGGUGACGGCGGUAUUUACGUAGGCAGUAUAAUGAAAGGUGGAGCAGUGGCAUUAGACGGACGCAUUGAACCCGGUGAUAUGAUUUUACAGGUAAAUGACGUUAAUUUUGAAAAUAUGACAAACGAUGAAGCGGUACGAGUUUUGAGAGAAGUGGUUCAGAAACCUGGGCCCAUUAAGCUGGUGGUUGCUAAAUGCUGGGAUCCAAAUCCAAAGGGUUACUUUACUAUACCACGUACUGAGCCGGUUCGUCCAAUUGACCCCGGCGCCUGGGUGGCCCAUACUCAGGCUCUUACCUCACAGGACAGUAUUAUACAUCCCGACAUACCAGAGCCUAUCAAAGAGCGUCUUGACCAGAACAAUCUUGAAGAGAUUGUUAAAGCAAUGAUUAAACCGGACAGUGGCUUAGAAAUUCGGGAUCGCAUGUGGUUAAAAAUUACAAUACCAAAUGCUUUUAUUGGAGCUGAUGCAGUCAACUGGGUCCUAGAGAACGUCGAAGAUGUUCAGGACAGGCGCGAAGCUCGUCGCAUUGUUUCGGCAAUGUUGCGAAACAAUUAUAUUAAACACACAGUCAACAAAUUGACCUUCUCCGAGCAGUGCUACUAUGUGGUUAACGACGAUCGCAAUCCUCUGCAAUGCCGCUCUAACUUAAGCCACGCUGACACCGAGAGUAUAACCAGCGACAUUGGUCCCCUGCCAAAUCCCCCAAUAUAUAUGCCAUAUUCAGCUACAUACAAUCCAAGUCACGGCUAUCAGCCCAUUCAGUAUGGUUUGACAGAGCGUCAUGGAUUAUCAUCGGGCUCUAGCAGUUCAGAUGUUCUUACCAGCAAAGAUAUUUCGGCGUCUCAAAGCGAUAUUACAUCUGUCAUUCACCAAACCAACCAAAUGACGAUUGGUCACCAUCACGGUUCGAACAAAUCUUCGGGAUCAUCUAAUCGUGGUGGCGGUGGCAAUAUCAACAAUGAACAGGAGUCUUCCGUCUUUAAUUAUGUCUUGUAGGACGAGGAGGACUUCCUCUCGGCCAGAAGGCAUAUGAGAGGACGCAACAUAAGGCAGGAACUGCAAUGAAAUUAUUUUUCUCUCAACACUUUAUUAUUAAUGUGUAUUUUUAUUGUUUUAUUUUCCAUUUUAAAUUCCUCUUUAUUAUUAAUUUUAUUAUUUACCUUUAAACUUUUCUAUACGUUUCUAAAUAUUGAAAUGAAAAACAUGAAACCAGUAUACAAUAUAAUUAUAAUUAAAAUAUUAAUUAGGAAGAAAGUACAUUCAAUAUAGUAUAUACAUAUACAUACAUACAAGCAUAUAUAAUAUAUUUACAUAAUUUAACAACAACAAAAAUCAAAGAAAGCAGAAAAAAUAAAUCAUAAUUAUGACUCAAAAACAUAGUUUAUUAUAAAUAUAUUAAUAUAAGAAGACAUUAAUUACAACAAUUACACAUUUACAUUUCAACUUAAAAUUCUCACAACUCCACACACAAUACACGUAAAAAUAUUAAAUAUUUUUCUUAAAACAGAAAGUUUAUAGAUUUAAAUAAGGUUAAAGCAACAACAAUAUAAAUACAAUGAAUAAAUUGUUGAACAAAUUUCAUCUGGGCUACAGAAAGUAAACGCCUUUCCAGUUUUAUAAAAGAAACGAGAGGGCGCACUAAAUUAUCAAAUCCAUCUUAAUAAUAUUUCGAUAAGAUAAAAAAAAUCAUACAAUUUCAUGCAAAAACAAAAUUGCAUAUAAACAAGAUCUUUUUUGUAUCAUUUAUAAUAUAAUAUAAUACAUACAUACGUAUAUUAUUAAUUAAAUAUUAAUAAUUGAAAUAUAAAUUUAUAAAAUUAAUAAAAACAAGAAGAAUUUAGUAAUCAUGAUUUAUAAUAAAAAAUUAU